UACAGUUCGUGUAAUUAUGGCUCGUAAAAUAUUAUGUUUUGUAUUAUUUACUGUUUGCUGGAUUACCAGUCCUGAAGCCAGUCCACUAUGUUCAAAGAAGAAGCUGGUGAUAGAUCAAGAUGGUGGAGCGGAUGAUGCUUUUGCCAUUACAAUCAGCUUGCUCAAUGAGAAAUAUUUUAAAGGGCCAAAACUGGUAGCCUUAACAACAUCAUUUGGAAAUGUGAAUCUCACACAAGCAAAUAUAAACAGCGAUCGGAUUCUGCGAGUCAGUGAGAGGCUAGAUAUACCAAUAUACUCAGGUGCUAACAAAGCCUUUAUAGAAGAAAUGGGAUCAGAUCGCUAUUUUGGACUGGAUGGAUUUGGAGACACUGGCUACCAAGCUCCAGGGCCAAUAGAUAUUGAAAAGCAGCCAGCCGCUGUUGCACUUAUAGAACUUUCAAAGAAAUAUAAAGAUGAACUAAUAGUAGUAGCUAUCGGUCCAGCUACUAACAUCGCUUUGGCUUUGAAACUGGAUCCCCAAUUCAUCCACCGACUAGCACAUUUAUAUAUUGGCGGUGGUCAUAUCUACAGUGAAAAAUAUCCAAAAGCUGAAUUCAAUGCUGCCAUGGACCCUGAAGCGUACCACAUAGUGGCAGACAGUGCUGUAGCUGAUAAAGUGACUAUUGUACCAUUCUCUCAAGUUAUCGAAACGCUUAAAAUUCCUAUUGAAUGGCGUAAAGAAGUAUUAGGUGCAAUUGACACACCAAUCAUGCGAGCUCUGAACGUGUAUGAACAAGUAGCUCUUCCCAAAGAAAAAGCUUGGAAUCUUCUGGAUCCAGCCGUUGCAGCUAUAGCUCUUUAUAAUGAAAUCGUCGACGAGUUUAAAAAUUCCAACAACACUAUUAUUUUAGAAGGUGAAAAACGUGGCAUCAUUACAAACGACUUUUCUUCAUCGGAUCCCAAUGCAAAAGUGUUUUACAAAGGCAACGUUGAAUACUAUCAGAAGUUCAUCUUAGACGUGUAUUCAGCCGAAUUAAAUCCUUAAUCUUCAUAGAGAUAAGGUUGAAAAUGUCAUAGACGAAUAGAGUCAAUGGCACGAGGACUAAAACUGGUAGUUCUGAGUUGAAAGUUGUGAUAUUUUUUAUUUUAAUUAUAUUUUAGAUUCUUUCUAAAAUUUGAAACAAAAAACUAAAAAGCUUUAUUAUACAAAAGUGAAUAUUAUAAUAAGAAAUGCGAGUAUAAUCUUUUGCAAACUAGUAAAAUAAUUUUGAAUUCAGAAUGCAUUGCAAUUUUUUCAAUUUGUUUUAAGGAAAGAAAAUGUGUGCCAUAAGCUGUGUGGCUAUUACUUGUGUAUAUUUUUUGCAAAUUUUGUAAAAAAUCUGAAUUGUCUUAUCAUCGACUUAAUGUAGUAAAUUAUAUGUGAUUUAUACAUAGUCUUAUUUAUCGAAAAUAUUUUGUACUUACUGUAUCCCUAGUAUUAUGGGGAAUAGCCGUGAUAUUUAUUGUAUUAGUAUAAUAAAAUGAUAUUUUGAAU